AUGAAAGCAAAAGUGACUACAGUGUUCUAUUUGUUAUUUUGCACGACUGUUAUUGCAGGGACAAUAUUCAAUCAAAAUGAGAUCAAAACGGAAAAUAAAAAACGAGACAAUGCAAUUGAUGUAUCAGAUUUUUCAAUCUAUUACAAUGUCCAUACAAAUGAGACAAUAAGAAAAAUGAUGCCAAGGCCGUGGUACAGACCAGGCUGGCGUCUCCGACUUCCAUUUACAGGUGGACCAUGCGAAUGCGAAGGAAUGAAAUGUACAUGCUGUACCGGCAUUCGAAUUGAAUCCUUCGAUUUCGAUAGGCGCACCUGUGUAAUAUUAAAGUAUGAGCCUGGGGAUGCCACGAUUAAUUUAGAAGUUAAAAUGAGCAACAACAGCGUUUACGUACAAAUGUUUAAAGCGAUUAAUCCACCGCCUUUCUGCGUGCCUAUCCCGAUACCAUACCUACCACCUGGCCUCGUUGAUAUGUGUAUCAGAAUUUUCGAUGUCUCUAUUAUACAACAGAAGUUGCACGUUUGCAUGGAUAUAGACACUAGAAUUGGUAUGGCACCCGUCUUGAUUUUACAUUUUGAUUGCAUGGAUAUGGGAAUAAAUGGCGUUAGUCUAUCAAAACCAGGAGACAGUAAUAAUCCAUCAAAUACGGUCACUGAUAUGGACACUAUGGAUACAUUAGAACCGACCCAGGUUAACAGUGAUGUUUAUGACCCCGUCACCGAGGCGCCUAAUUACGUUACACCGAAAGCAAUUUUCAAAAAUAGUAUAAGUUAUAUCUGA